AUGUCUCCACCUUCCAUUACUCCAGCUGUUUCGCCUGCUCCAAAGGUGAAGUUGAUCUCGUCGGCGGAACGCGCGAAACGAACGAUAUUCUUGAGCAUAUUCGAGAAACCGUCCUCUAGAUUCAAAACACCGGUCUCCAACUUUAUUACUAAGGCGCGGACUGCAUUCUCCUUUUCGGCACAUGCUGCUGAGCCAAGUUCUGGUUCUGCUAUCCUUGGUGCUGUUCAAAACAAGAACGUGUUUGAAUCAAACGCUACCGCUUCUGCUGCAACUGCGGUUUCCAAGUCGACCUCCCCGGCCUCGUCAGAGAUCACUGCUUCUUCUUCCAAGGAAGAAGAGAGCGUCGCCACAUCUGUAUCAUCUCCAUUCACACCAAAAGAAUCAACGUCGUCGAGUGAAACUAAGGCCUGUAUUGUCCCAGAGCCUCGAGUUCAUAUUCCAAUCGCCUUGCCCACAAUCUGGAGAUGCUCAGAAUGCAAAGACGGAUCAUUCAAGCGAUUCGAUCCAAAGAAACACGGCGAUAAACACGUAUCCAUCUGCAAGAUUUGCAAGCUUGCUCGAAAUAACGUCCUCUUGGUCUGCGUAAAGAGCAUCAGUUUUAAUGAGAAAACUCAAAAGUACGAGAGAGCCAAAAAGUCCCCAACUACCAAUAUUCGACCAAACGAAGUACAACAGCAACGCUCCGCACAAAAUGUUGCUCUAUCUAAUAAGAGAAAGUAUGAUGAUAAGGAGACUGAUCUAAGUGAUAAGGGAGUUGGAAAGCCUCUGAAAGGAAAACCUGUUUUUCAACCCCAAAAUGGUGCACGAAAGGCACUUAACAAGUUGUCUCCUCGACCUAUCAACAGGAAGAUUAACGUCGACGUCACCAAUCAUAACAACAAGAACAUUUCCCCUCCAGCUUCCAAGAAACCACGCUUAGGAAGCAAAUAUAACUAUGAAAAGCGGGUUGAAGCCUCAGCUAGACGAUAUCAGACAUCCGAGGAUGAAUCUGACAAGAAGUCAAAGAAGAGAUCCCGAGAUGACCUCGAAGAAGGCGAACUCGAGGACAAAAAGACCACAAGAGAGCCACGUCGAAAGCGACAUAUGAAAUGGACGGGGGAAUUCAAAGAUUCUGACACCCAACCUAGAACUGCCAAGAAUGGCGAGGGGUCGGCAACCUCAACAGCGGCAAGUGCUUUUGGACAAAGCCAAAAACCAGCAAGCGAAGAAAACGGUGUAAAGCAAGAUACUGUAUCACCACAACGCGCACGCGAUACCGAAAGCGAUAGUCUCCAAGAAGGAGCAUCCAAAAAACCACGACUCGAUACCGCGAAGUCGACAAGGGUUAAUGAGCAGAGACUCAGUAAAGAGAAAGCUGAAGCGAUGAUUAAGCGACGGAAGGAAAAGGAAGAGGAGAAGCGAAGGAACCAAAGAACUCUGUAUUAG